AUGGCCUCAAGCAACACCUCCCGCUCCGCGUCUCGCUCAGUAUCUCGUUCAGUGAGCUCCAACAGCCUGCCACCACGGCGCACAUCACCCGUUGUCGAGCUCUCGCCGGCCGAGAAGGAGAAAGAGGCGCUGAUCGCGGGUGCAUGUCGGGACCGCGAUCUGUCCACCCUGGUCCAUCUGGCCACGACCAGCUCUGGUCUCAUCAGCGAUAGUCUACGUCGCACAGCCUGGCCUCUGCUACUUGGGUGCUCUGAGCAGGACUCGAACAGGACGCCAUGGGAAAAGCUGCCACCCCACAAAGACGAGCAUCAGGUUAGCCUGGAUGUCAACCGUGCCUUUGUGUACUACCCAAAAAAUGAGUCAGAAAAGCAGCUGGAACGUAGGAAGGAAGAGCUUUCCGAUGUAAUAAUCCAUGUGCUCCGCCGCCACCCUACGCUGUGCUACUUCCAGGGCUAUCACGACAUCGUCCAGGUCUUCCUGCUCGUCCUCGGUGUGCAGGAUGCACCCGCUGCAGUAGCCCGUCUGAGUCUGCUCCGUAUCCGCGACUUCAUGCUAUCCACGCUCGACCCCGCCAUAUCCCAGCUCGAACUGCUCCGACCCAUCUUUCGCGCCGCCGAUCCUGAGCUGUUCAAUCAUCUGCCUAAGAGUCAGCCAUCGUUCGCCCUGGCCGGCACCAUCACCAACUGUUUGCCCACAACAUACAGGACUACAAGGACAUUACGAGGCUGUUCGACUUCUUCUUGGCGCACGAUGCUGUUAUGCCCAUAUACCUCUUCGCGGCUGUGGUGCUCUCGAGACGAGAAGAGCUGCUUGAGAUUGAUCAGGAAGACGAGGAUAUCCUCUAUGUCAUGCUCGGGAAGCUGCCUCAGCCGUUUGACGUCGAGUUCCACCUCGCACGAACGCUAGAGCUAUACGAGAGACUUCCGCCCGCGUCGCUAGGAAGUUGGGAGUGGUGGCGGAUAUCAUCGUCGAGCGCUCUCAAGACCUCCGCCGAUGUCUCCGACUUGCAUCGUCUCACCCUGGAAGAUGGCGAGCGACUAUUCCUGCAACAGGAAAAGGACGUCAGGAGACAGCAAGCCCUCAGGCGGGUCGGCCAAAAUGCACUAUACAUCAGACGACGCCUCUGGUUCUACCGCAGGUACGGAUAUGUUGGACUAGCCGUCAUCGUCGGAGCAUACGCCUUGUGGCUGGGUCGAAGAGCCGGCUCCGGCGCUGCACGGUACCCUCUGUUUGGACCACUAGGUAAUCUCGUAAAACGACUCAUGGGUCUGCCCGCUUAGACGAUAACGAAUCAGACGAUUAAAAGUACUUCAUUUACUAGAAAUAUAGGGUGGCGUCAGGAGUUGGACUGACGUUGACAUUCAUCCCUCGACAAAAACGGUGCAUCCAUGAUUUUG